ACAUGUCAGAAAAGAAACCCAAAAUAAUUGUUUUUGAUUUAGAUUAUACGUUAUGGCCUUUCUGGGUUGAUACACAUGUAACACUUCCAUUUAUAAAACGGAAAAAUAAUGAAAUAAUUGAUGCACAUGGUCAAAUAAUACGUUAUUAUAAAGAUGUACCUGAUGUAUUAAAUAAAUUGUUGGAGGAAGGAUAUGAACUUGGCAUAGCAUCGCGUACUUCAGAAAUUAAAGGUGCUAAACAAUUGGUGAACUUAUUCGAUUGGGAGAAAUAUUUUAAAUAUAAAGAAAUAUAUCCUGGUGUAAAAACAGCACAUUUUUCACAGAUCAAAAAAUUAUCUAACGUCGAGUACAAAGAUAUGUUAUUUUUUGAUGACGAACAACGAAACAUAAAUGAUUUAAAUAAAAUAGGAGUGCUGUCUAUUUUGGUUGAAAAUGGUGUUACGCAUGAAGUUAUAAGUAAUGGUUUGAAAAUAUUUGCUAAAUCUUAAUUACCGUAAGUUCUUAAACAUCAUAUUGUAAAUAUGUCUAUAGAUAUUUUCUGCAGCAGUUUGUAUGUCAAAUGGUACUUUAUUCUUAUCAUAUAAAAUCA